GGUGUUAGGGAAGAGCGGAAGGACGUUUCCACAUGAGGAUUUUAAGCAUUUCCACUUCGUUUAGAUGAAUGUGAGACUUCCACGUGUGUUUACAUGACAGAGAGAGCAGGUAGGGGCAGAUUUCAACCAGCUUCAACUUCUAAUCUGCACACGUUGAAUGCGCCUGCGCGUCCAGUUGUAUUUGUGAGAUGCUAAAAAUGACUUCUCUGAGACGUUUGGUGCACAGCAGGGUGCUGCUCCACCUGAGCGAGUCUCCAGGUGUGCACAGCUCCCUGCCCAGGUGCGGCAGGCUGCUCAGCACCUCCAGCAGAUGCAGGACUGUCAUGCCCGCCUGGGUCAUUGAUAAAUACGGAAGCAAUGAGGUCUUACGGUUCACCAAGAACGCCAGCUUUCCCAUCAUCAACUAUCCCAAUGAGGUGAUUGUCAAGGUGUUUGCAGCAGGACUCAGCCCCAUCGACGUCGCCAUGAGAGGUGGCUACGGCGCAGCUACAUUGUCCAUGAAGAGAGAUCCUCUGAACAUCAAGCAGUCGGGCAGUGAGUUUCCUCUCGUUCUGGGCCGGGAUGUGUCCGGGGUCAUCAUGGAGUGCGGCCUGGACGUGAAGCACUUCAGAGAGGGGGACGAGGUUUGGGCGGCGAUCCCGCCGUGGAAGCAGGGCAGCCUGGCGGAGUUUGUGUUGCUGAGCGCCAACGAGGUGUCCCACAAACCAAAGUGUCUGAGCCACAUCGAGGCUGCUGCCAUUCCCUACGUGGCAACCACCGCCUGGUCAGCGCUGGUUAAUACUGGCGGUCUGAGAAAGGACAACUGUGCCAACAAGAGGAUUUUGAUCCUUGGAGGAUCUGGAGGAGUGGGAACGUUUGCUGUACAGAUGGUGAAGGCGUGGGGCGCCCACGUGACCGUUACCUGCUCCCAGAACGCCGAGCAGUUCUUAAGGGGGCUCGGGGCGGACCACGUGGUGGACUACACCGCUGGGCCCGUCGAGGAGCCGCUCAGCGCUCUGGAGAAGUUUGACCUGAUCCUGGAUAAUGUCGGGGGUGACACGGAGAGUUGGGCGUUGAAGCUGCUGAAGCCGUGGAGCGGCGCCAAGUACGUCACCCUGGUGACGCCGUUCAUGCAGAACACCGACAGGCUGGGUGUAGCUGACGGCAUGAUGCAGUCCGCCGCUACAGUGGCCAGCAAGGCCUUAAAAGAGUGCGAGGUGCAGUGUUGCACGCUGUGAUGACCCUGAAGGUGCUGAUGUUGUGGUUGUUCUACACGCCUACUCUCACCAUGUGACUGCAACCUGCGGUAGAGCGAAGGAAGACGAUCGAGCUCCUCUGUGAGAGCUGACGGUGAAGAGCCGAGGUUGUUUGGCAUCUGAUCCAGAUGCUGUUUUGGACAUGCCUUGUUGGGAGGAGCUCCUGGGCCAGACACGGGACUAAUGUUUGGCUAUUAAUGAACAAAUCCACACAAUAAUUCAUACAGAUGUUUAACUUUGUCCUUUACGUUCCAUUUUUGACUGUCUGCCGAGUUGUUCUUACAAAAUAAUAUAUUUUUUCUCUCCCAAUUGCCAAGUAUGGAAUCUAAGUUAGAAUUAGAACAGAUUUAUUCCAGUAGUAGCUCUGACUUGUGUCAUAAUAUGUGCAGUUGUGGACUUUCUGCAGAUAAAUUUAGGUUUGUGUUCCUUUUAUACUCUGCGCAUUUCUUCCAGGUCCCUAAAAAUCAGACAUGGUACCUGAAGAAAAAAUGUGAAAAUGCAGCAGGUUACUUUCUGGUGGCUGAGGCCCCGCCCCCUGCUGCAAGGCAGAUAAAGAAAACAGUCCUGAACUCCUAAACUCUCUGUCGGAGCAGAUGACAUCGUCCACCUAUACACAGACGCACGCACAAGCACUCACAUCCUCUGUGGGUGUUAUAGUAACAGCCUGCACUUUGCAUGCAGCGCACUCGCCCGACCACAGAAUCCACAGCUGUGCUCUGCUCUGCACAGCAAAGGAUGCAGAAUCAAGAUGCAAGGAGAUAAUCUAGAGUUUUAGAACAAUAAGUUACACCCUUCAGUCUUUGUGGAAAUAUGAGCGGUUACACA